CACACACACACACACACACACAGCUGCUCAGAGGUGCUGGUGGUGUAGUGGUGGGAGGAAGUGACACACAUUAGGCUCUUUAUUUAAACAUGCCUGCUGUCAGGAACCAGCGUCUCUGGAGCAAAUCACUCAAAGACUUCAGCUUCAGGACAGAAGAUGCAGACGCUGUCAGUGUUUCACUACACAGUGUAGAUGAACUGCAGUAAAACCAGUGUCAACGGGCAGAAUAUGCAAUGUGAGGAAAAAAGACACUCCCUCUUUCAAGUUUCACUUCCUCAAGAACAAAGUUCAGUUAGGUCGACGUGAAAAACCGAAACAGAAAAGCAUGAACUUGAACGCUUCUAGACAUCCAGCAAAGCUAAAGUUUUCCUAACAUCAUCUUCAGUUUGAGCUGAUUACAGGAUCUCUGUUUGCACAGAUGGCAUUGGGAAAGCUAAAUUAGAGCGUUUUGUCAUGGAGGAAGACCUAGAACCACAUGACACCGAGGCAGUGGACGCUACAGAAGUUUCUCCAGCUCCUGAAGGUUCCUCAGCUCAGCAGGAGAAGUCUUCCAGUAAUGCUGAAGAGGCAGAUGUGGGUUUUGGCGCCUCCUGUCUGACCACAGCUGAACUGCAGCAGCACUGGAGAGCCGUUAAGCAGGAGUUCAGAAGCGUUAAACUUCUGUUUGACAUCCCUACGACGCGAAUCAUCGAUCAGAAAAUCUCCAAAUAUGUGGUGUACCAGGUUGUGGUGAUCCGCUCAGGUAGUUACGACUGCGAGCGAGUAGCUAUCGAGCGACGCUACUCAGACUUCCUCCACCUUCAUCAGGAGCUCCUGCUGGACUUCAGCGAGGAGAUGGAGGACAUUGUGAUGCCCAGGAAGAAAAUGACACGCAACUUCUCAGAGGAGAACAUCGCUGAGCGGCGCGUGGCCCUCAGAGACUAUCUUACUCAGCUCUACUCCCUCCGUUGUGUCCGAAAAUCACAGGCGUUUGUAGCGUUCUUCACUCAUAAGGAAUUAAAAACUUCAUAUGACCUCCUGCGUGGGGGGCGCUUUUCCAGGGCCCUUGAGGGCCUCCAGAAAGUGUUGGUACUUCAGGAAAAACUCUCUUCUCACAACCCUACUUUGGUGGUGCCAACCUUGUGUGCCAUACUGGUGUGCCAAAGGGAUCUAGAAGACUUUGACGCAGCUUUUCAAACUGGCAGAAGAGCUCUGCCCACGGUGAGGCGAUACGAGCUCCGGCAGUAUCAAGGGCCCCUGCUGGAGGCUCUUGUUGAUUUGGGCUACAGUCUUGGGCUGCCAGUGGCCCAGUUACAGGACGAGCUGACCAGAAUACAAGACUCUCCAAAUGAGCUGGUGUCAGACAUGUCCCUUAAAGAACUGGUGGUGCAAGAGUUUGUAUAAUCCGAAACACCUGCAAUGUCGUUGUGUUUACUAUAAUCAUUAUUUGAUUAAUUCCCUAAUCCGAAAUAUUUCAGAGAGUUAACAGAAUAAUGAUUCUUACCUGAAAUAUUUUUUUCCUAAGAAGAGUCCAGAAUUUCUUAAUGACAAAUGGUGUUUUUCCAUUGCAUGGUAUGGCACGGCUCAGCUUGGUUUGGGCUUUCACUGAAGUUUAGUAUUGCUUUAGAUUGGGUAGGAUUAUUCACAUGACGCUGUAGUUGCACCGCCUCGAAUGGCAUGACUCCUAAAAAAGCCUUUCAUUCCACGUCGCCCCAUUAAGCUCUCACUGGAUCUGCACCUUGGCCGUCAAUGAGAGGAAUGUCUGUACUUCCUCAACAGACCAUGAGACAGCCAUGUUGCAUUUGUUUCUUCACUGGCUGUGCUGAUUUAAAUUUAGCGGGUCUGUUGUGUCUCCUGUCACAAGUUUAGUGAUGCAGAUAGUGAUGAUUCUCUCCAGCCAAUCAAUGAACAGCAGAGUUUACGCGUCACAUUUUGGUAAUGGUGCAGUUCACUUGGAACUUCAACCGAAGUGGUACUGAAAGAGUACCAGGUACUGUACCCAGUGGAAAACCCCCCAAAGGUGAACCGUACCGUGCCGUACCAUGCAGUGGAAAAGCGCCAUUAGUGUGGACCAUCAUGACUUGGACCAAUAAGAAACCAUCCAAUCACCCAGAAAAAACACAUAACAUCAUGUCUCAUCCACACAUCAGUUCUUGAACACUGUAGACAUGAGGAAAGCCUGCUUUGACUUGGGAGACUGUGAUUGUUCAACUGUAUUUAUGUUUUCAUGAGCCAUGUUCUUUUAUCUCAUAUUUCCGUUCGGAUUUAAUUGCACAUAUUUUACGUUCAUCCUGGAUAAUUGUGCAACUGUGAAAUUAAAAGUUUUUGUUUACUGAAAUAUCUGUUUUGUUAACUGAAAUUUGGGUUAGUCUUUUUUUGAGUGUAAUAACUUUUUUUAUCAAUUAAAUAACACAAGGAUACACAUAACACUGUUCUUUUAAUUCAUUCAAAUUGCUCUGUAGUCCAUCUGUAUUUAAUGCAACUAGCUUAAGUCAGAAGCUGUAAUUAAUUUAAUUUAAUUACAGAAAA